AUGACUUUUGUUAUUAAUGAAAGUGUAAAGACUACUCAUUAUCCGUUAAAUAAUAACAAUAAUUCAAACUAUAAUCCGGAUGAAGAUGAAACUUCAAGGUUUUUGAAUGAUGAUCAUGAUAUAUUGGAUGAAUUUUUAGAUCAAAGAGUUUAUGAUUCUAUUGGAACAAAUACUCCAUCAAAUAAUAAUAUUAAAAUUAAAUCUGAAAAUGAUGAAAAUUUAUUAAAUUCUUUAUAUGCUUUAACAAAUGAUCAUACUUUAAAUAAUGACUUAAAUAAUGGAAAUUAUCAACAAUUUUUAGAUCUAACCAAUCAUAAUGGAAUUUCACAUAAUAAUAGUAUCAUAAAUAACAACAACAAUAACAACAGCAAUAAUAACACCGAUGGAUUGACACAAUCAAAUGAUAACAAUGGAUCCCCUAAUGAUUACUUAUUUUUAGAUAUUCCAGAUCAAAAUUUUUCCCAUAUACCAAAUCAAUCAAGUUACGAUACAAAGUCAAUCAACAAUAAUCAACCAAUUACAAAUGAUCCUUCAAUUCAUACACCUAAAUCGAUCAAUUCACCAGAGCAUAUCAAUGGAAACUCUACUCAAAACAAAAAUGAAUCAAUAAGUAAUAAUCAUCAAUUAUCAGAAUAUGAAUUUAUUAGAGAAGAAUUAGGUAAAUUGAAAUUCGGUUGUCAUAGAAUGAAAGCUGUUCCAAAAUCAGUAGCUGUACCUGAUCCAUCAUAUUUAGAUUUUUCAAAUGAAACAAUGUCCAAAUUACCAUAUCAAAUGAGUUUAUCAAGUUUACCUAAUUAUUCAAGAGUCGAAACACAAAUUAAAUGUGAUAUAAACUUAAGUCCAGCUCCAAAGCAAAGCCUUUUAUACGUUCCCCAAGAUUUAAUAUCAAAAAAUAAAUUUUGUCUUUCAGAACCUGUUGAAUCAUUACAUCCAAAAUUAAAAGAAAAUUUAUUAUAUUUAGAUGCUUAUGUAUUAACAUCAGAUUUGAAAAAAUCUUGUAAUAUAUGCUCAAGAUGUAUUAAAAGAGAACAGAAAAGAGCUUCACGUGGUAAAGCGGCAGGAGAAGCAGAUGAUGGGCAAUUUACAAAACAAACAGGAUCAAUCAAAAAUAAUUCAAGCAGCUGGGCUGAUGAAAAAAUGAUGAAAAAAGCUGUAAUUUUCAAUUGUAAAGAAAUUGUAUCAUUCCCAUCACCAAAUGGGUUGAAUAAUGACUCAAAAUCAGUUGAAUUAUCAGCUAGAAUUAUAUGUUAUUGUAGACAUCAUAAAGAACUGAAUGGAUUUAAAAUUUUGGUUGUUAUUAAAGAUAAUAAAGGUGAAGUAGUUGGUAAACAAAUUUCAUCACCAAUAAUGAUUAUGGAUAGAAAGAAAAAUAUUCCAUUAACGAAAGAUUCAUUACCAAAUUCUGUUGCAGGUUCAUCUUCGAAUUUACACGGUCUUGGUGAAAGUUCAACUUCAAGCAACAAUAGAAAGAAAAAAUUAUCAACAUCCGAUUCAAAAAAUGAUCAAAGAUCUUCACAUGAUUUUACAAAUCAAUUAUCACCAAAUUCAUUGGAUGAAUCAAAUUCAGAAAUACAAAUCAAUACAGAUGUAGAUUCUACAAGAAGUUUGAAAAGAAAAAAAUUAUCUGUUGACGAUUCAUAUAAUACUUCAUCAAAUCCAAUGUAUAAUGGAAGUAUCAAUGGAUAUUCACCAAUGAGUAAUAGUGAUACAAAUACUUCUACGAACAUUCAUAUGAUGAAACAACCAAUAAGUUUCAAUCCAUUAUCUCCAUUAAGUCAACAACAUCAUCAAUCAAUUCAAUUGCAACCUUCUCAUUCACAACAAUCGACGAAUCAAAAAUUACCAUCAAUUCAAAGAAUUAUUCCAGCACAAGGUCCAAUAAGAGGUGGUAUAGAAAUAACGUUAUUAGGAUUUAAUUUCAAGCCUGGAUUACUGGUUAAAUUUGGUCCAAAUUUAGCAUUAGCAACUCAUUGUUGGUCUGAAACUACUAUUGUUACUUAUUUACCACCGGCAUCACAACCAGGACAAGUUUUAGUUAGCUUUGAUGGUGAUGAAACUGCAAUGUUAGGUGGACCACAACAACAACAAAUCUUUACAUAUACAGAUGAUACUGAUAGACAAUUAAUUGAAUUAGCUUUACAAAUUGUUGGAUUGAAAAUGAAUGGUAAAUUAGAAGAUGCUAAAAAUAUUGCAAAGAGAAUAGUUGGAACAGAUAAUAAUAAUAAUAAUUCAAAUGGUAGAUCUGCUUCAACUAGUAGUAGUACAUCAACAUCUCCAAAUAAUACUGUUCAUAAUACAAAUCAAAUUCAUGCUAAUGAAUGGUUUAACAGUGCUCAUGAAUCGUUAAAAAAAUUAACAAGUUCAGGAUUAUCAACUCAAAUUGUUUUAGUAAGAUUAUUAUCAUUAGUUGAUUUACCAAAUUGUCCAAUAAUUAUACCAAAUUGGCAAUUAACAAAUAAACAAGGUCAAACAUUAUUACAUUUAGCUACUUUAAAGAAUUAUAAUAAAUUAAUAAAAUUUUUAGUAAUUCAUGGAUGUAAAAUUGAUGUUCAAGAUAAUCAAGGAUUAACUCCAUUAUUUUUGGCAUCAAUGUGUGGUCAAAGAAAAUUAAUUGAAUUAUUUAUUGAAUGUAAAUCUAAUUGGAAUAUGAAAUUAAAAAAUGAUAAAUAUUUACAAGAUUAUUGUGAUUUAAAUGUUAUUGAUAUUUUUAAUAAAUUAGAAGAACAACAUGAAACUGAAUUAAGUGAAAUUGGUGAUGAAUCAAUAGUUAAAAAAGCAAAUUCUUAUGAUUCUUUGAAUUCAUUAUUUGAAAAUAGUUAUGGUCGUCAUGUAUCUAAAAUGGUUCAUGAAAAUGUUAAUGAUUCUAAAAUUAGUAAUGGAAAAUUUGAUGAUAAUCAUAGUACUACGUUUAAUGAAGGUGGUGUAUCUUCUUCAUUUAAUGAAACUAGAAGUUAUUCAUCUGAUUUUGCGGAUUCAGAAUUUGAAUCUGAAGAUGAUUAUGAUGAAGAAGAAGCAGAUUAUUGUGAUGAUGAAUUUAGUGAAAAUGAUUUAAUUGAUGAAGAAAAUGUAAGUGAAAAUGAAGAUGAAGAUGAUAAUACUACAACAGAAUUAAAUUCACAAACAUUAGAUAUACCACAAAAGAAAACUUCUAAUGGAAUAGCCCCACCAUCACCAGGUUUAUGGCAAAAAGUUAAAAAUGUAUUUAAUAAAGAAGAAGAAAGUGAUUCUUUACCUAAUUAUGAUGAUUUAUUCCCAUUUGGUCCAGCUUCACAAUUAACUGCAAAACCAAAAUCUACAAUAGAACAACAGUUAAAUAAAACAAAAUCAUCCACACUUACAUCAACGACAUCAUCAUCAACAACUACUUCUACUUCAAGCUCAUCAGCUCAUACCAGCAACCUCAAUGAUCAAGUUAAAGAACAAGAAGAUAUGGAUUCAGGAAUUGCAUCAGAUUCUUCAGAAGAUAUGGUAAUGACAUAUAUAAAUCAUCCAAGAAAAUCAGUUGAAAAUGAUAAAAUGUUAGUAUUUUUUUGGAUUCCUUCAUUAGUUAUUAUAAUUGGAUUAUUUUUAAUGAUUUAUGUAUUUGGUUAUAAUUUUAAACAAAUUGAUUUUAUAAAAGAAUUUGUUAGAAAUUCUUUAGGUAAUGUUAUGGUUGGUAAUGAUAGAAUUGGUAAAGUUUUUAAAAGUGCUACUACUUCAGUAACAAAACGAAAUGGGGUAGAGGUUUAG